GACGUCACGGGCCCCGGCGUCUCGCUCUGGGCAGUAAUCGGCGCCGAUGUUUAUUUCUGUCACGAAUUAAAGACGCGGAAAUAAACAACAAAACUUCGUGGCCAUGGCGAGUGAGGAGAAGCCAGUGGUCUACACGAUGGAGAACAGGCCCAUAGUGACGUGUGGUGGAGACCAAUCCCUGUUCUCAUCUAUUUACCAAACCCUGGUGCAGCAACUCCCAAAAGAAGCAGUUGAAUGGAGGCGGUCAUAUGGGCGUCCCCCAAAGAUGAUCAACCUUGAAGCGAACUUUGUGGCGUUCAAGGAAGAUCUGCUGCCAAAGGAGGGAAGCAAGGCCCUGCUUACAUUCCCCUUCCUGCACAUAUUCUGGACGGAUUGCUGUGAGUCGGAAGUGUACAAGGCAUCGACGAAAGAAGAGAUCACGCGCUGGCAGUCAAUGCUGCGUGCGUACAACAGCCCCGACUGGCUGGUGGUGCUCGUGGAGAAUGAGAACCGAAAGAAGAAGCAGCCCAUUGCCCUGCCACGAACCUCAAUCAUCGACAAGAUCAGAAACGACUUCUGUAACAAGCAGAGCGACCGGUGCGUCGUGCUCACCGACCCCCUGCGCGACUCGAGUAAAACGCAGGAGUCGUGGGCCUCCUUCGUGGCGAAGCUGCGCAUGCUGCUGCUCAUGUCGUUCACGCGCAACCUGGGUCGCUUUGAGGACGACAUGCGGGCACUGCGGGAGAAGCGCACGCACCCCUCCUGGAGCUUCUGCCACUACUUCAUGGUGCAGGAGGAACUCGCGUUUGUGUUCGAGAUGCUGAAGCAGUAUGAGGACGCACUGGUGCAGUACGACGAGCUCGACGCGCUCUUCACUCAGUACGUCGUCAACUUUGGUGCCGGAGACACUGCCGAUUGGUUGUCAAGCUUCCGUCGGCCAGUCAGCAGCUGGGUGGGCCUGGCACUGUGGCGGCCGAUCGACAUGGGAAAACGAGAGGCGGUGCAGACGGGGCAGGCUUCGCUGCUCGAUCUGCGCAGCUACCUCUUCUCGCGCCAGUGCACACUUCUCUUCUUCCUGCAGCGUCCUUGGGAGGUGGCGCACCGGGCCCUUGAGUUGCUGCAUAACUCUGUGUUGGAGUUGCGCAUGCUGGAGAUCCAAAUGCCGGUGGGUGCGGUUGAUUGCUGGGUCUACAUCAGCUGCCUGGAGGUGCUGCAGAGGAUCGAGACGUUCUGCGACACCAACCAGAAUGACUCGUUCGCUGCUUAUGCGGCCGGUCUGCGGGCAUACGCACGGGAGAAGCUCCAAGGCCUGGGCUCCCUGUGUGGCCUUAUGUCUCCUAAUGGCCCAGACUCGGAGGAGCUGAACCGCACAGUGGACCUGCUGGCUGGCCUACGGGAUGACGACGAAGACAGUCCAAGCAACAUUAACAACCCUGGAAAGAAGCUAAGAGAAGCCCUGUCUUCAAUGGAAGCCUAUGAGAAGCAUUACAUGGAGCUGUCGGAGAUUGCAAUGGGGACAUACAAACACAUUGGGAGGAUUCGUUCAGCCCGACUGAUAGGCACGGACCUGGCGGAGUAUCACAUGAGAAAGGGAGAGCCGCAAAAAGCUGAGGCAUUUUUGUAUGAUGCGCUGAAGACAUACCGAGACGAAGGCUGGACGCUGCCCGUCACACACACACGCAAGCAGAUUGCCACUUGCCAGAAGCAACUGGGAAACACCACCAAAUACCUGGAGAUGUGCAGCCUCCUGGCCAGUGAUCUGAACCUGCCUGUGGAUGAGAGGGAGUCUUACUUCAAGGAGAUCCUGGGGUCCAGUGGUGCAGAGGACCAUGGCGAGAUCCUCCUGCCUCUGGAGCCGGUGCUGCAGCUGUCGAGCGUGCGCUUUACCCCGGCGUCUGCCCUCGUCAACCUCAACGGCACGCUCGUGCUGCAGCUGGUGCUCGUCAGCCGGCUUCCGGCCAGUGCCAACUCCACCGCCAUUUCCAUAGCCCUCGCUCAUGAACCGCGGCCUGGCCCCGCCGCCGCCGCCGCCACCACCGGGGCUACCGGCGGCACGCCCCGUUACCCGGAUGGGCGAGUCGUGUUCCCGGGAAACGCGGCGACGGACUUGCCCGUGCGCCGGCAGCUCCCGGCAUUGAUCGACUGUGUGCGAGCUCAGGGAGAAAGGCCCACAGGUGCGUUCGCGGAUGCCCCACUGGCGUCGAGCGGUGUGGUAUGCCGCAACUCGCACAUGCUGCUGCGCCGUCAGGACUCCAACACGUCCUCAGGCCGCGGUGCUGAUGUUACGAGGGAAGAGGCAUCGCGCUCGCUCAGGGCCACCGGCGUGCAGCUGAGGCCUGGAAAAAACACCGUCACCCUCUCUGCCGUGGUCACAGAGCCUGGCUCGUUCACACUAAGGCAGCUUUGCGUGCAGCUGGGCUGCGUGCAUCUCCUGUCACGUCGCCUCUAUCCUCCACUGCAGUACGACGUCUAUUCACAGGAGCCGCAACUCAACCUGCUGCCCUCGCACGAGCCACUGCUAGCGGGUGUGCCUCAAGAGCUGACUGUGACCGUGAACACCGGCUGCUACUCUGUGCGUGGGGGUGACGCCUUGCAGCUCAGCCUCCCAGCCGGGCUGCUCAUCCUUAACUCUGGCAAGAACACGGCACGCAUCAGCACCGAUACUGGCGAGGAGCUCCCGGACGCCGUGUUCACGGUGUCUCCCUCGGAGCGCAUCGUGAGCGUCAACCUCCCCGCCACGCCCUGCUACCACACUCUGCGCUUCAGCCUGCGCGUCGCCUGCGCACUGCCGCUCGCCGCGGCUGGCGGAGCAGACGGGCAAAAUGGAGCACCGGUGGAUAAAGUGGAGUCACGAAAGGCGGGCGGUGGUGCUGUCGUCGAAGCAGACGUUCUUGAUCAGAAGAUCUCUAUUGACAGUCCCUGGUCCAUCUACUCCACAAUCGUUCCGCUGGCAUUCAAAGUUCCCUUCCGUACGCGGCACUCUCUGCUCACGGCUGGGGAGAGAAAGUUUGUGCAGGUGUGCCUGAGCAACACGACUGAGGUCGCGUUCGUGUUGCGCGACCAUCAUCUGGGCGAUGUGACGACUCCUGAUGGUGAUGGCGGCUGCCAGAGUGCCCAGCUGAAACCGCUCAACCCACUGAGCCACAAUGUUGUCCUGGGCGGGCAGAACAUGUGGUUCAUCUGGGAGCUUUUGCCGACAUCUCCAGCCGCACCACUGCGAUGCCACUUCUCUGUGGGUUUCUGGCCGGAGGAGGGAGCCCCGGGCAACCCGUCUGCUGGCCAUCCGAGCCCUGACAGUCCCCUUGAAGACGUGGACAACAGCGCCCCCGGGGGCCCUCCUGGUCCCACCACCACCGCCGCAUCCGCUGAACCCAGCAGGCACCGCUACGAGUUCACGCUCAGCGACUUUAAGACUCUGUACAUGGUUCUAUCUGAAGUGCGGCCACCUACUGGCUUUGACGCAUGCCGUAUGGGCGAACUGUGCUCACUGGAUGUGAGCAUUACGCGGCUGCAGAGAGGCGUUGCCACCGAUGAGGAGACCCCCCCGAGCAGCCAGCUGUUCUACCAAGUGGCUGACAACUGCAGCAAUUGGGCUGUGUGCGGCAAGAGCUCGGGGCUGGUUCAGCCCGCGCCCGGGCCAGGCACCACCCACUCCCUGCAGCUGCAGCUCAUGCCGCUGUUUGCAGGGAAGCUGCCCCUGCCCGACGUGAGGCUGGCGCGGUUGCUGCCAUCGCAGGAUGCACCCGGCCCUCCCUCUCUGCACCCAGACAAUGUGCCAGAUGGAGAGGGCGAACACGACGACGCAGGUGGAGCAGCGGCGUUGCCCAGCGACACGGACAGUGUGCGCAGCCGGUGGUCUGGGGGCAGCGCGGGUAGUGGUGGAGCGGCUGGGCUGGGCAGCUCCUUCCCGCUCGUGCCCCGGUUGCAACAGUUUGCAGCAGGGCAGGUUUACCACGCCAGCCGUGCUGCGCAAGUGCUGGUGCUGCCGGCACAUGACCACAGCCUCCUGGACGUCACGGCACCAUGACGAGCGCUCCAUUGUCGUCACCGCUCCCAGUUUGUGCGGUUAAGUCUCUCAAUGGGAGAUAAACGAUUCCACUGGCACAAGCCAGGAUGGGAGAGUCACGGUAUGGGUCGUCUUAUACCAAUUGUUUGUCAUGCUGAUAUGUAAACAAUCCCUUGAUACGCUUGCUUUGUCUCCAUCUGGCUUGGGACCAAACAGGGCAAAGGGGAUGGGGCUAAUGAUUAGAGGGUCACCACACCAUUUGUAUGUAGACCUUUUUUCAGCCAACCGUGCUAAUUGGUGGUGUGAAACCUCUUGACAGGAUUGUCAUUGAACCACAUUUUGCUUGUCUCUAGAUGCAACUUCAGUGUGAUACCAAGGCUACCACUUUAAAUACAUGGCUCCACCUGAGUUGGACUGGGGCAAGCUCAGCCCUGAUGAGGCCAAGGUUGUACAGUGGAAGUAAUUUUCAGUUGUCAGAUGGCUCAAUACCAUUUCUGAUCCUGUGUUUGAAUCUGGAAUUUCUGAGAUCUUACUGGAUUCUCAAGUUUAGUAAAUGGCCACAGCCUAAUAACCAAUGAUUGGACAGGAGGUUUUUGCACUUAAUUUGGUUUGUUGCAUUUCAUAAAAAAAAAGUACAUGCAACACUUUGCAGGGCAUAUUGUGGGGCCUUAAAUGUGUAAAGGUGUAAGUGACGAAGUAUAUUUGGGACACCCGGAUUCUAUUCUUUAGGCCUUUCGGUAAAGUCACGUAGGUUCAAAGGAAACGACGUUUCGAUCACAACACAAGCAGUCAUCAGGAAAAGGGAGUUAGCUUCUAAAGGCAAACUGUUAAUAAAGGUUUGAAUGAGUGUAGGCCAAAUGUCAGCAGCAUGGACAGGGCAGCUGUUAAUGUAAGUGGUGGACGGCGAUCGCGAUGGUGGUGGGGUUUUCCACACUUGGCCUGCCACCACGGCAGGUAGGCUGAGGUGGCUAUGUUAGUGAGAGACGUUAAUGUGAGAGGUUAGCACGUUAAUGGCAGAUUGCAGAGCAGCAACCUCUUGGUCGGUGCGUGAAGGUGGCUGAGACAUUUUAACCAGUUAAUGUAAAAUCAGUGUCUAAAAAAUAACUAUCAUUGGAAGGUGGUAGGACGGGAUCACAUCCAGUUAUGACUUACACUGGUUGAUAACAUCCCUCCAAUGAUUGCUCAGUUUGUACCCAUCUUCUCGGUUGAAAUUGUCUAUAUGGAUGGCUUCAUGAACGAAUCUUGUGGAUAGCCAAGAAUAUGAAUUCCUGCAGUCACAAAAGCUUCAAGUUAGAACAGUGGCCAAAAAACAGGACUUGGAUUCGACGUCUUCACUGAGAAGUGUUUUCACCUCAUGGCAAUACCAUAAAACAUACUGUGUUAAUGGUCAGCUUAUAAUAUAGGCCUGCUCCCUUGGUCAGGAUUCAAGCAUCAAUCUGCUGUUGUGGUGCAUGUAGAACCUUGCCUCUAAUGACUGUAGGUCAUGUGAACCAGUCCAUGUACAUAGACUAUUCAAGCUCCCUUUGCCAGGCCCAGGAGGUUCUCCAAGUGGAUUUGCACGAUUUAAGGCUGGGACAUCCUUCAAGCUAAUUGUGAUGUAAUGAGCUGUAUGGAAGAAGUUGCAGCCCAAAUUCAGUUUCAAGCCCAUUAAAAACAAUUGAAAAUUACUUUUGAUCCAACUCUUUGUGGUUCUUUCGGUAAAGUCACAAAGGUGACUUAGGAUAUCCGACCAAAGCUUA